AUGGCUGACUCUCUUUCUCCUGAUUACAGCUACAACCGCUACUCGAUGCCUGUCACUCGGUCUCGUACUGGCCUCUAUGGCGCUGACCUUGACCAGACUGGUACUGCUCGCUUCCUCUUUGGUGAGGAGGACACUUCUGGUGAGAACAAGUACGGCCAGAACAACGGUGACGACAAGUUCCCAACUCUAGUUCGUCGCGACGAUCAGAUGCUCUCUGCAUUUUCCGCUGCCCUUGAUCUUGCACUCUCUCCUUCGCCUGCUCCUGACGCGCCUUCCUCCAACGGCUGGGGUAAUAUUAACCGUCACCGCGCCCAACAGAGCUUGUCUGCUAUCAACACGUCUUCGCUCAACGGAGCCACCUCUUCUGGAGGAGAAGCCAGCAACCGAUCUUCCGUUCGUCACUCGCUCGACCUGAAGUUCUACCCGGACGCUCCUGCCGACAACAACGGUAACCAAAAUUCCAUCGUCUCGCCUACCGGAAACCACAUGAUGGCCACUCCUCCCAAGCUGCAGAGCUCCUUCUCUGCCAACGACGUCCCCACCGUCAAGAGCACCAACGGCGGCCUGGUCACCAACAACCACGCCCAGCAGCACUUCCACAACCACAAUGCUAGCAUUGGCCGCAUUCCCGCCGGCGCUGUUGCCGGCCGUCACAGCCGCGAGCUGUCCAACGACAACAGCAUGGGCGCCCAGCGCGAGCAGACUGGACCCUACCCCUCCAUCCAGUCCGCCCUUCAAGCCAACGCUGCUCCCUUUGGUCCAGGUGCGCCCGGCCAGGGCUUCCCUCACACGUCCCAGGGCAACCAGAUCCCCAAUGGCACCGUCACUGCCGGCUCCAACAACGCCUACGGCGGGUUCUACCCCAAUGGCUAUGUCUCGCCUAACAGCAGCAACAACAACAACAACAACGGCCCGCCCAACCCUGGCCCCUACGGCGUGCCUCUCCUGGCCAUGAGCCUGCAGAACAUGAACCUCAACAACGGAGGCAACAUGUACCCCCCUCAGAACUACACUGGCUAUGGCUCGCUCUACACUCCUCCUCAGCAGCCCCAGCCUCGUGACAGCCAGGCCCGGGUCAUCCAGCACCGUCGCCAGAUGGACAAUGAAGCCAUGUCGCGCUACAAUGGCCUUGCUCUUGAGAGCGUCGGUGGCCAGAUCUACGACCUCUGCAAGGACCAGCACGGCUGUCGCUAUCUGCAAAAGAAGCUUGAGGAGCGCAACCCGGAGCAGGUUCACAUGAUCUGGCUCGAGACGAACCAGCACGUCAUCGAGCUGAUGACGGACCCAUUUGGCAACUACCUGUGCCAGAAGCUGUUGGAGUUCUGCAACGACGAUGAGCGCACUGUCCUGAUCCAGAACGCCGCUGUUGACAUGGUCCGCAUUGCCCUCAACCAGCACGGCACACGCGCUCUCCAGAAGAUGAUUGAGUUCGUCACUACCCCGACCCAGAUCGGCAUGAUCAUCAAUGCCCUCCGCUUCCAGGUCGUCGAGCUCAUCCAGGAUCUCAAUGGCAAUCACGUCAUCCAGAAGUGUCUUAACAAGCUCAGCGCUCUCGAUGCGCAGUUCAUCUUCGACGCUGUCGGCACCAACUGCGUCGACGUCGGCACUCACCGCCACGGCUGCUGCGUCCUCCAGCGUUGCAUUGACCACGCUUCUGGCGAGCAGAAGGUCUGGCUCAUUGCUAAGAUCACUGAGCACGCCCCGAUUCUCGUCCAGGACCCCUUCGGCAACUAUGUUGUACAGUACAUCAUUGACCUCAACGAGCCUACCUUCACGGAGCCCAUUGUCCGCAUGUUCAAGAACCGCAUCGGCCAACUGUCCCGCCACAAAUUCAGUUCCAACGUCAUUGAGAAGUGUCUGCGCUGCUCCCAGGAGCCUUCCCGCGACAUGAUUGUCGAGGAGCUCCUGUCUCCUGGCGAGAUUGAGAGACUUCUCCGCGACUCGUACGCCAACUAUGUCAUCCAGACUGCUCUCGAGUACGCGACCCCUCACAGCAAGUACCGCCUGGUCGAUGCCAUCCGCCCCAUCCUGCCGGCCAUCCGUUCCACCCCGUAUGGCCGCCGCAUCCAGGCCAAGAUCCAGGCCUUUGAGGGUCGUGGUAGCGCCAACUCGAGCGGCCAGGUCACUCCGGCGGACCCCACCCAGGGCCAGAUCCCCCUGCGUCCCGGUCACAACCGCGCCAUGUCUAACAACACCUCCAUCAUUGCUCCUGGCGGUGCUUUCGGCAACGGCCUGAACGGCGGUCUUAACGGCGGCAUGCCUCCCCGUGGCAACCAGGCCAGCUACCCUUCGUCCAGCAACUUGACGGUGCCUCCCCCUGGUCCCCAGAGCCAGCGCAUGCCGCAGUUCGGUUACAACAGCCCGCAGCGCACGAACGGUGGUGGUGGCGGUGACGGUGGCGCCGCCGCCGCCGUCGGCGACGCGGGUGCCGGCGACGCUCAAUGGCUGUAA